GAAGCCGACUGAAUUUAUGGCAAUAUAGUGAUUCUCACCAAGCCACCGACCCGAUAGCGGCUAUCACGACAUAUGUCGAGUAUGCCUAUCAUGCGUUAUCAGAAUCACGUAUUCAGUGGGGUGAGCACGCCAUCUCCACCCCUCCAUCACAUCAUGUUGCGCGACUGCCAGUCCGCAAUAGGGACUCGGCCGACUGACUAAACCACGCAAGAGAGAAAUGAAAAAUAACGGGAGUUGAUAGUGAAUGUUUAGGACGAUUGCCAAGUAGGCGGCGGGUGGUUGGCAUUGCUAGUGAUUUCAAGAUAAUGGAGUUGGUGGUAUCCUUGGACAGGCCGAAACGCAGAGAUGCGCUGGGAUAAGUAAUGGCGUGACACUUUUGUUAUCAGGGGUGAAUGAUAUAACUUGGAUGGUGGUAAUCAUGGCCCUUUUUGUUUUCAAUGUUCAUUGUUAAACACAAAUCAGCUCACCAAUCAAGAUGUCAGUUCAACCUCGCAAACGAUGGUGGCACAUUCAAUGGUACUCAGAUAUCGAUACCAACGAGGAGAAGAAAUUGAUCUUGAAGCUUGAUCUGCUCUUCGUUCCUUAUGCCGUAUUGUCGUACUGGGUCAAGUACAUAGACCAAUCAAAUCUAAACAAUGCCUAUGUGGCCGGGCUCAAAGAAGACUUGGGCUUUGUGGGAAAUGAGUUGGUGCAACUGCAGACAUUUUAUAUAGUAGGUGCGGUGGUAGGACAGCUUCCGUUCUUGUGGCUGUUCACCCAUGUUCCGAUGCAUUGGCUUAUUCCGUUGAUGGAUGUCGCUUGGGGCAUUUUUACCCUGCUUCAAUAUCGCGUGACUUCGUUCGCAGAGCUUGCUGCAUACAGGUUCUUGGUAGGAUGGUUUGAGGCGGCUUUCUUCCCCGCGAUCCACUACGUCUUUGGAUCCUGGUAUCGAGGUGAUGAGAUCGCUCGCCGGGGUGGUGUCUUCUACGUUGGCCUGUCUUUGGGAACGUUGACUGCCGGUCUCAUCCAGGCAGGGGCAUCUGCACGCCUGGAUGGUGUCAAUGGCCUUGCUGGAUGGAGGUGGAUGUAUAUUAUCUGCGCCAUCGUCACUAUCCCUAUAGGAGUACUUGGUUACUUUUUGAUCCCAGGAACCCCCCAGCACCCCAAUCGAUGGGUGCUCAAACAGCACGAUAUUGAUCUGAGUAUAGAGCGACUGAAGAAGGCCGGCCACAUAGCUCGCGGGAAAGUAACACUGAGCACUGUCAAGAAAGUCUUACUGAAUCCGCACUUCUGGGCAAUCAUCGUCGUAGAUGUUUUGUUCUGGAAUGCAGGCACCCAUACGUCCGCUGGUACAUUUCUCUUGUGGAUCAAGAGCCUUGGUCGAUAUUCUUCAGCUCAUGUUAACGAGCUGGGCACGAUCGCCCCAGCACUCGGCAUAUUCUACACGCUCUUCGUUUGCUUCUCUUCUGACCUCCUCAUUGGUCCAGCCUGGGCCAUAACGCUGGCGACGACCUGGAACGCUCUGGGCCUCCUGAUUCUAGUGAUUUGGAAUGUGCCUGAAGCCGCGAAAUGGUUUGCCUUUUCAACCAUAUACGCGUCGGUGGCCAUGUCCAGCGUGAUUCAUGGCUGGGUCAAUUCGCAGUUACGAGGAUCGCCGGCCGAGCGGUCCUUCACACUCGUGCUUAUGAACGCAAUCUCUCAAUCUACCACUGCUUGGACGCCUCUGUUGGUCUUCCCGACUGUGGAGGCACCGAGGUACACUAAGGGAUUUACAUUUUGUUUCGCGUGCGCUGUGCUUCUCAUUGGUGCUACACAUGGCCUCAAGGCUUACGUCAAGCGUAAGGAGAAGAAAUCUCAGGACUCUGCGUCGGACAUAUCCGAAGAACCCCCAGUAAUUGGUGAUGAUAACAGCAAGAGCGCUAUUCAUACCCGACAGUCGGCUGCCGCCAGCUACUAG